CAAUGUCAUACCAGCCAAAAGGAGAAGGACAAAUAACCUAUCUUUUUAGCAUUCCCAACCAAUUUUCCCUAUUGUUUUUCCUAUUUAGGGGUGCCUGUUAUCAUCGUAAAUAAGUUAUAAGUUUACACAUAUCUUUAAAUCAUGACUUCCCGUAAUUUGAGAGCUUUAAUUGGACCUUCAAUAUUAAACGCCGAUUUAUCAAAAUUAUACGAAGAAUCUCAAAAACUUCUCGAUAAUGGUGCAGAUUAUUUGCAUUUAGACGUAAUGGAUGGGCAUUUCGUUCCAAAUUUGACAUUUGGCCAUCCUAUAGUUAAGUGCCUUCGUUCUAAGAUAAAAAAUGCGUUCUUCGAGACACACAUGAUGGUGUCCAAUCCUGAACAAUGGAUUGUGCCUAUGGCUGAUGCAGGUGUCAACCAGUACACAUUCCACAUUGAGCCAGUCACAAAUGUAGAGGAUGUUUGUAGAAAGAUUAAAGAAAGUGGCAUGAAGGUUGGAGUAGCCAUCAAACCAGGCACACCAGUAGCAGAAGUGGAGAAAUACAUAAACAUAUCGGAUAUGGUGCUCAUAAUGACGGUGGAGCCAGGGUUUGGGGGCCAGAAAUUCAUGCAGGACCAGAUGGCUAAAGUGCAGUAUCUGCGGGAGCACUAUCCACUGCUAGACAUUGAGGUGGAUGGGGGUGUGGGACCUUCUACCAUUGACUGCUGUGCUAAGGCCGGAGCUAACAUGAUAGUUUCUGGUAGUGCUGUGAUAGGUGCUCAGGACCAAGCUGCUACGAUCAAACUCUUACGAAACUCCGUGCAAGAGGCUAUUUCAAAGGAGCGUUAGUCAGAUUUUUAUGCAUUCCUACAAAAAGUACACUAAGUCUUCCAAUUUUUAUAAGGGUUAUACAAUAAAAAAAUAUUU